GCGCAGACCCGCGCACCCCGCGGCCGCAGCAGGGCCCAGCGCCGCCUCGCCAGCUCCAGGGCCCGGCCCGGCCCGGCGCCGCGCACCCGGGGCGACUCGCGCUCCGCGCUCCGCCGCCGGCGAUGGCCCCGCUCGCGCACGUCUUUUUCCUCUGCUGCCUGGAGCAGGCGCUGGGCAGCUACCCGAUCUGGUGGUCCCUGGCCAUGGGGCCCCAGUACUCGGCCCUGGGCACGCAGCCCAUCCUGUGCGCCAGCAUCCCUGGGCUGGUCCCCAAGCAGCUGCGCUUCUGCCGGAACUACGUGGAGAUCAUGCCCAGCGUGGCAGAGGGCGUCAAGGUGGGCAUCCAGGAGUGCCAGCACCAGUUCCGGGGCCGCCGCUGGAACUGCACCACCGUCAGCCGCAGCCUGGCCAUCUUCGGCCCCGUGCUGGACAAAGCCACCCGGGAGUCAGCCUUCGUGCACGCCAUCGCCUCGGCCGGCGUGGCCUUCGCUGUGACGCGCUCCUGCGCCGAGGGCGCGCCUGCCGUCUGCGGCUGCAGCAGCCGCCACCAGGGCUCCCCGGGGGCCGGCUGGAAGUGGGGUGGCUGCAGCGAGGACAUCGAGUUCGGCGGAAUGGUGUCUCGGGAGUUUGCCGACGCGCGGGAGAACCGGCCUGACGCCCGCUCAGCGAUGAACCGGCACAACAACGAGGCGGGGCGCCAGGCCAUUGCCAGCCACAUGCACCUCAAGUGCAAGUGCCACGGGCUGUCGGGCAGCUGCGAGGUGAAGACCUGCUGGUGGGCACAGCCCGACUUCCGUGCCGUUGGGGACUUCCUGAAGGACAAGUACGACAGCGCGUCCGAGAUGGUGGUGGAGAAGCACCGUGAGUCCCGCGGCUGGGUGGAGACGCUGCGGCCACGCUAUACCUACUUCAAGGCGCCCACGGAGCACGACCUGGUCUACUACGAGGCCUCGCCCAACUUCUGCGAGCCCAACGCCGACACUGGCUCGUUCGGCACGCGCGACCGCGCCUGCAAUGUCAGCUCUCCGGGCAUCGACGGCUGCGACCUGCUGUGCUGCGGCCGCGGGCACGACGCGCGCACCGAGCGGCGCCGGGAGAAGUGCCACUGCAUCUUCCACUGGUGCUGCUACGUCAGCUGCCAGGAGUGCGCGCGUGCCUACGAGGUGCACACCUGCAAGUAGUCAGGCCGUGGCAGCCCCAGGGCGGGG